AUGCUUCGUGGGGAUCCCUCUGUUAUCUCUACGCGCGAACUUCAAUCACGCCCGUCUCGUCGAGGAGACGAUGGCGAUCCAUGGCGUCGAGAAUCGCGCUCGAACCUCGACGGCUCUGAUAAAGUCCGGGUCAGAGUAUCCAUUCCCGUGGUGCUUCGCUGUGAAAUGACGCGGGCGGCGGGCGAACUAGCCUCCGAUCACAGUGGGGCUUUGCACGGUGAUGCUGUUGUGCUGGCGGUGAUAGUUCAGCCCCACAUGGAUGCCAUCAACAGGAUAGUCCUCCAGUCCAGCUGCGUGCAAUUCCCGCGUCUCGUCCACCCGGGGGCCAGCCCCGGGGUGAUCUUCGAUUACGCGACAGCCGACCAUCGUGAGCUUCUCCAUAUCCUGAUGGUGUUGACGGCUCCGCUCCUCUCAAGUCGGAUGUUCCGUCGUGACGACCCAUUGAACGAGGCUCGGGACGUUGACGGGGAGAAUCUGCCUACUCCGGUUGAGCCAACCUGCAUCGCGUGUUCGACGCGAUGGGAGCCAUCUUCAGUGGUCAGGUCCACGUCAACGUUCAGCAUCACGUAG